AUGCCCGCCAGUGUUCCUGAAGGCCUGGUUACAGUAUCCGGAAGGGUCCUGUCGUCGGAGCUCAAGGACGAUGGUGUCGAUAUGAACGACAUCGCACGGUUAUGGAGAGUCUACAAUGCCAUCGCAUCCGCACAGAGCGGUCAUGUUGGGCGCAGGCUGGAGAAUCUGUUCUGGAGAAUAUGGGGCAGUAGACGCAGGCAUGACACUCUGCGUGGUUCGACUGUCGCAAAGUUAUUUCUGAAGAUAUCUCAAACCAGCCCUUUGCCUGGCAUUCCGGUUCAGCAACCGAAGCAGGUGGGGAAUAACCAUGGGAAUGAACCAUCUUCGCGUUCUUUGCGGGGUCCGCAGAAAGGGCCGUUAUUGUCUCCUAAAGAUCAGAGCAGAGAACAUCCGCAGCAGCGACAACUCCAGGACCGCACCCGGAAUCAGCCUCGAAGACCGGCGCCUCUUCCUCCUAUUCUAAAGAAGUCGCAAUCCGCUACCGGAUCCCAGGGAGAGCGCCACAAGACAACGCGACUGCUCAUUACAUCGCCCGGAGGCCGGAGUGUUACCCGCAAGCCGUCCAACCCUCCUACCCCCGCGGGCGAGCUGGUGAACCGCCAGGGGCAGAAGAGAAGCUAUUUUGUGGUCGGCAAGGGAGGGAAUCCGAAACGCAAGCCCGUCACUGUGCGACGCAAGUCGUCACACCCGACGUCUGCUUCCGGAACGGAAAUCCGCUCUCCCCAGAUAUCUCCCAUUUCCCCAGUGUCUCUAUCCGGACUCACCGCGGACCCCUCUCCGGUCCAUCCAGAUGAGAAGUUCUGUGUAUCGAAGCCGCAGUUAUUGAGGGACCCUGCAAUGCUAUCACCCGAAUCUCUCGAUGAUGAAGAAUCCAAGCAGACAUUAUCUGCCUCUCUCUCGGCUCAAAAAAUACUCAUGGCCAUAGAAGAACGACCAGCAAGCCCCAAAUCACCUCCGCUGUCCCCCACAAGAGGGUUCGCCGCUAGUAGCAUCCACAGUCAUGCCCCUGCACCGAUUUCGUCAUCUUUGGAACAACAGGGCCGGAACACCUUUCAGCAACAAGAGCAACUACAUUCGACGUCGCUUGUUGACAAGGGUUUCCGAUCACGUUUUGCAGAAAGGAGAUUGCAAGCGCAACGUCCUGUGGGAGUAUCGUCGGAGAAUUUCAAUUCUGCAAUUGACGGAAAUCCGGUCGAGUUUACAACCAACAACAAUACCUAUCGGAGAAGCAUUCUCUCUGCUGAAUCGUGUGGCUUUGACGGUGGACCACGUGCAGGCUCUUGCAAAGCUCCCCCUUUCCCUUCGACGGCUCCGGUCUCCCAAUCUCCCCACGUAUCCCCACCGGUAGGCGGUCUUGAUCCCGAUCUCCUACCACCGUCUACACAAACCUUCCCCGGGUCAUUGCCUUUUCCUACAUCUACAUAUACGUCCCGACCUCGCAGCCAGCUGAGUCAUCUCAUUGAGCAGAGCCGAAGCAAGAACCUGAUGAGCCGUAGCAUCGAGGACCGUGAAGUGAAGUGA